AUGGUGCUCCAGCAGGUGGGCAGCAGAGGGCGAGUGGCGCCUGAGAGAAGGGACAGUCGCUGUGAGGACAGGAAGCAGACGCUGUUGGCAUUGCUGAUCUUGGUGCUGUAUGUGGGCACAGGGAUAUCAGGAAGAAACUGGGAGGGAUCAGAAAGGAUCCGAGAAUGCAGCUACCCCCAGAAUCCUAUGACUUCCCAGGUGUUUGAAUACCAGGCCAAUGACCCGUCAGAAGGGCCAAUCAGGGUCAUCAGGACCUGGUUGAAGGAGAACUUGCACGUUUUCUUGGAGAAGCUAGAGAAAGAGGUGCGAGAGCUGGAGCGGCUGGUGUGGGACCUGGAGGAGUGGCUGGAUGCCCUCCUAGGAGAGGGGCACUCAGAGGAACCCUGCUCAACCCGCAAAAGCCACUUGUGA